CAGCAGCAGACAGAGAAAAGAAAAAAAAUGGCUCCCGUUGUGAUGGAACCCACCUGUCAAAAUACUCUGAAGAGGAAAGGGCCGGAAACACUCCUGCAACUGGGAUGUCGUUACCCUCACAACGAUGACAUUGAAUCUGGGGACGACAUUACCCCGCACGGCCUCUCCUAUGCCUACAAAAACAGCCCCCCUCUGGGAAUUUAUCCCUCACCUGAUCAUACCACCAGCCCUCCCAACGAUGAUACUUCGGUAAUAACCCAGGAGAACAAUGGCACUAAUUCUGAACGGUACCGGCGGAUGAAUGGCCCUGCACGCCAAAAAAGAAACGCUUCGACGCCCUUGGUGGAGAGUGAGAAGAACGGGACCUUCCCUUUCCUCUAUGGGGAAGAGACUCUUAAAGGGAAGCCCGAGGUGGAGAAAUUCAGCCCCAAAAAGCCUCAGUUCCGCGACCAUAUCUGGAAAUAUGCACAGAUGUACAGAGCAGAGACGUGCAUGACCGUGGAUUUGGAAGAAGCUGUGGGAAACAAUACGCCGGCAGGUGGAGGAGAGAUCGAUCCGGGCGAAGGAGUUGAGCUGGUUCAGCGGCUGUUCGCGUGCGCGGAAGCGGUAGCCUGUCGUGACGCAAGACAGGCGGCCAAAAUCAUACAUGAUCUGGGUUACCUGGUGUCACCUUACGGCUCCUCCCUGCAGCGUGUAGCCACUUGUUUUAUUCGGGGGCUUGCGGUUCGUCUAGCGGUGCUGUUGAACCCAAAUGGUUGCAGCAGCCUCCCGCAGGCGGCGUCGCCGCUGAGUCAGGUGGAGGAGCCGAGCAAAGGGGAGAAAGAGGAGGCGCUGCGGUUGGUUUACGAGCAGUGCCCAUACAUUCCGUUCGGCCAUUUCGCGGCAAACGUUGCGAUCAUGGAAGCCUUUGAGGGAGAGGAUUUUGUACACGUUGUUGACCUGGGCAUGACAUCAGGUCUCUCGUGCGGUCUACAAUGGUGUCAUUUGAUUGAAAAACUGGUGGCCCGCCGUGGAGGCCCGCCUCAACUCCUGCGCAUCACGGGUAUCGGGUCCUCCGCCGCCACCAUGGCGGUUAUCGGCGCGCAGAUCGAGGCCCACGCUCAGGCGAUGGAUUUGGCGUUGGAGUUCCAGCCGGUGGAGGCGGCGCUUGAGAACGUGGUGGCGUCGAUGCUGGAGAUUAGAGAUGGGGAGGCGCUGGCUGUGAAUAGCGUGGUGGAGUUGCACUGUGUGGUGAAGGAAAGUAGGGGAUCGCUCAACGCGGUUCUGCAGGCGAUUCAUAAGCUCCGCCCCAAGGUGCUUACGCUGGUGGAGCAGGACGCUAGCCAUAAUGGACCUUUCUUCCUUGGCCGAUUCAUGGAGGCGCUUUACUACUAUUCUGCUAUUUUUGACUCGCUUGACGCCAUUUUGCCCCGCUCCAGUACCCAGAGAGUGAAGAUGGAGCAGUUCUACUUUGGGGAGGAGAUCAAGAAUAUCGUUAGCUGUGAAGGCCCCGCUAGAGUGGAGCGCCAUGAGCGGGUGGACCAGUGGCGCCGCCGUAUGAGUCGUGCCGGCUUCCAGUCUAGCCCGCUCAAGAUCAUCACUCUCGCUAAAGCCUGGCUGAAUCAGCACUUUCCCUGUGAUGGGUACACGCUCACUGAGGAGAAAGGUUGCUUGGUGCUCGGCUGGCGUGGCAAGCCUAUCAUCGCUGCUUCUUGCUGGAAGUGCUAGAACGCGGCCCAGUACCCAUGACUCUGCA